AUGGCGCUCAAAUCUCUUCAUGCCUGUCACCUUCUAGCAACACUGUCAGCUUUCGCGCUCGCAAUUAUCCUGCAGGGUUCCGAAGCCGUUGCCGAUGGCACAGGGAGCGGUAAUGGCAUGUAUGAGAAGGUUCUGGAACCCACCCUAGACACGGUCCACAUGGAAGUCCUGCCCGGAUUCACUCGCAGCGUGGUGGCGAGGGACCAUGCCCUGAUCACACCAGAAAGCCGAGUCUUCAGCCCGCUGCCUGGAUGGGAAAACACUCUCUCAGCACAUCUCGUUACCCCUGCCAUCGGUGCACACUUCGCCAUGUCCCUGCUUCGGCUGUCAGGCAAUGCCUCUUCCGCCCCUCCAGUGGCUGGAGUGGAGAGGUUUGUGUUUGUGGUAUCAGGGCAAGUCAGCUUCACUCAGUACGGGACCCCAGGAGAGACCAAUGAAGGGGGUGUGGCCAAUCAGUGCUCGACAGUUGGUGAUGCUGGGAGCACCUGUGCAAGAUCCGUUGUUCUGCAGGAGGAUCUUACGGACGACUCCUAUGUGUAUCUCCCACCGAAUACGCCCCAUUCCUUGGCUUCUGCGUCUAGAGCUACACUCGUGCUCAUUGAACGCAGGUACUGCCCUAACUCGGGCCUCGCAACAGCCUCUGGGGUGGAAAGCGGUUCAGAGGGGCUGGCGGUGGCGGUGGGGCAGACGCACAAGCAGCCCAUUCUGCCAGUCCCUGGAGAGGUCUUUGCGCUUCGCAAGCUGCUUCCAACCACGAUUGCCUAUGACUUCAACAUUCAUAUCAUGGACUUUGAGCCAGGGGAUCCCUCCCUCCCUCCUUCCCUCCAUCCCUCACUCCCUCCCUCCCUCCCUCCCUCCCUCCCUCCCUCCCUCCCUCCCUCCCUCCCUCCCUCCCUCCCUCCCUCCCUCCCUCCCUCCCUCCCUCCCUCCCUCCCUCCCUCCCGCCCUCCCUCCCUCCCUCCCUCUCUCCCUCCCUUCCCUCCCUUCCCUAUCUUCUUCCCUCCUUUUUUCUCUCCCUGCAAAACAGGAAGUGCAUUACAAUCAGCACGGGCUGCUGCUGCUGGAAGGACGGGGCAUCUACCGUUUGGCUGA